CUGCAAGGUCUGAAAAGCACACAAGAAAACUACAACCGUUUGCAAAAAGAAAUUAAUUUAUUGAACGAAGAAACUAGAAAGCAUGAAGAUACUGUUAAAAUGAUAGAUGCUGAAUUAUCAGAAAUAACUCCAAAGAUUCGAGAAGCUGAUCUCGAAUUAAAUGAAUUUCGGCAAAAGAAAGCUGAAUUGGAAAUGUCUAUCAUUAAUGAAUUAACCGAAGUUCAAAAACAUUCCGAACGUUUUCUUAGUUUAGACCGAGAAAUAGAGAAAUUUAAUCAAGGAAAAGGCAAGGAACGAUUGGCCGAAUGUAAUGAUCAAAUUGAGAAAUUAGAUCAGCAGAUAACUGCUAAAACCAUUACCAGUGAGAAUUUUGCCAAAAAAUUGCAAAAUAUGGAUAAACAAGCAUCUGAAGCGCGAGAGAUUCAAAGGUCAAUUGACGAAAAUCUCAAAUACAGAAAAUUGCAGAGCGAAAAAGUAAGCCUUGAUAAUCAAAUUGACGAAUUGAAUUUGGUGAAACAAAGGCAAGGAUCAUCGAAUUACAAGGUUCGAUUGGACGAACUGCAAAAAAUUCAAGAGACGGUGUUAGCUGAUUCUGCAAGGUAUACUGGAGAGCUUAAACAAUUAGAAGAGGCUGUCCGAAGAGGACAAAAUGAGCUUAACACGGAAUAUAAAGACAUUAAUGAUAGAUACACUGACCAGUUUAUCAUAGUUAAAACCAGCGAAUUGGGUAUUAAAGAUCUUGAAACUUAUGGCAAGGCACUUGACAACGCUAUAAUGCGAUAUCAUUCGAUGAAUAUGGAAAAAAUUAACAAGAUCAUUGCUGAAUUAUGGGUAAAUACAUAUGUGGCAUCAAUUAUAAUUAGAUUAGCAUUGGCAGAGACUUUUUGUAUAAGUUGUGGCGUUUUUGUUCUUGACGAACCUACCACAAAUCUUGAUGAAGGAAAUAUUAUUAAUUUGGCGGCUGGCUUAAAAGGAAUACUUGAAUCUCGUCGUGGACAGAAAAAUUUUCAGCUGAUUGUCAUCACUCAUGAUGUCAACUUUUCAAGGAUGAUAGGGGAAGCGCAAUUUUCUGAUAA